UCACAAACCAUCUCUCUCUCUCUCUCUCUCUCUCUCUCUCUCUCUCUCUCUCUCUCUCUCUUUGCAAAAAUGGGGAUUUCUAGUAAUGGGUUGAGUUUGGUUUUGUUGGUGGGAUUAGUUUUUAGCUCUUUAAUGGUAGCAACUUAUGCUGGAAACUUUCAUCAAGAUUUUGACCUAACAUGGGGAGGUAACCGACCCAAAAUAUUCAAGGGAGGCCAGCUUCUGUCUCUAUCAUUGGACAAAGUUUCUGGCUCUGGGUUUCAGUCCAAGAAAGAGUACCUAUUUGGGAGGAUUGAUAUGCAGCUUAAGCUUGUUCCUGGCAACUCUGCCGGCACCGUCACUGCAUAUUACUUGUCCUCUCAAGGCCCUACCCACGACGAAAUCGACUUCGAGUUCUUGGGAAAUCUCAGUGGCGAUCCUUACGUUUUGCACACCAAUGUUUUCACUCAGGGCAAGGGAAACAGAGAGCAACAAUUCUAUCUCUGGUUUAAUCCCUCAAGAAACUUUCACACCUACUCCGUCAUCUGGAAACCCCAACAUAUAAUCUUCUUGGUUGACAACAUUCCCAUUAGAGUAUUCAACAACGCCGAGUCAGUUGGUGUCCCAUUCCCUAAGAGCCAACCCAUGAGGAUUUACUCAAGCCUUUGGAACGCCGACGACUGGGCCACCAGAGGAGGCUUGGUUAAAACGGACUGGUCAAAGGCACCGUUCACAGCAUACUACAGGAAUUUCAAUGUCAUAGAAUCGAAAACAUCCAAUUCCUUCGCUGAGUGGCAUACCAAUGCGCUUGAUGCUCCCAGCAGAAGACGUCUCAGAUGGGUUCAGAAAUAUUUCAUGAUUUACAACUAUUGCACCGACUUAAAACGCUUCCCACAAGGCCCUCCAGUUGAGUGCAAACAUUGAAGGAGAUUAUUUUAUAUGUAAAAUAUUGAUGUUAAAUAAUAAAAGAAAUAUUUUCUUUCUUUAUUCGUGAGCUUUUAGUGAUGUUUUAAGAUCUGUUUCAUAUAAUGAAAUUUCAUUUUGGGCUCUUGUAA